GUUUUGCUUUUGAGGUUCGGGUUGGGUAAAACUGCGAGGGAGUAUUUUAUUACAGGUCUCUGGAGGGGUUAGGGUCCGACACUUGUAGCAAAUGGGGUCUCCGCAAGCUAAGAGGAAGAGGGUUUAUGAAGAUGAAGACGAAGACAAGCUGAGCAAACUCCCUGAUGACGUGAUUCACAGGAUACUCUCAUUUCUUGAUGCAAAACAAGCCGUUCAAACCAGCGUUCUCUCGACACGGUGGAGGUUUGUGUGGACUACUCUUCCUAUUCUCAAUUUCGGUCAGUAUCAACACUCUUCCCCUGAAAACACAUAUAACUUUAUUCGCCAUGUCUUGUUUAACCGAAACCACCAGGCCCCUGUUUCCGAGUUAAUGUUAUGUAGUGCCCAGAGCAUACCCUCGGACUCUUUAGUUGAACAGUUUGUUGAUUACGCAAUCUCGCACAAUGUAGAGUGCUUGAAUCUUAAGCUAUUCUAUUUUCAUACCUCAUUUAAGCUGUCGAGGUUGAGCUCUAGCUCGUUAAAGAAACUCACGUUACAAGUCAGACUUGCUGAAGUUGGAUCUCAGUCUGAACCCGAGUGCUGGAAUUUACCUGCUUUAACACAUCUCAGCUUGGGGCUCCCAAGAGGGAAUUUUACCAAACAGGGUUUGUUUUUGAAUGUCUUUGAUAAGUUACCAGGAUCAUGUUUGACCUGCUUGCCUGCAUUGCGGAGUCUUAAUCUUGAGGGUUGGGAUCUGAAACUAUCGUCUUUUGCGUUUAAUUUGCCUCAUUUAACAACCCUCCGUUUGACUGGGUGUAGAAACCUGCCCGAGAUAAUUUGGAACUUUCCAGCUUUAUUAAGUCUAGAAUUAGAUGGUGUGGAUCUUCCCAAGAAUAUCAAUUGCAUAUUCACUACACUUGUUAAUCUACAAAAUCUCAAAUUAUGCUUAACAAGGUCGUCCAUGGAACAACAACAUUCAAUAUCAUGUCCUCAACUGCUGAACUUGAAUAUUGUGAUGCUGUCCUAUGAUCCCCUUUAUGGUAACAUCAAGGUUUUGGCACCAAAACUUCGCAAUUUCAGUUGUGUUGGUAUACUAUCAAUUACGUUGGAAGUUCCUGAGUUGGAGACUGUUAAUAUAGAGUCACUCAUUUGGUUAAGCAGAGAGGAUUGGAUUUAUAGGAAGAAACUAUGUUGUCUAUUAAUAGAUAUGCUUUCAGCACUUGGUAAUGCGAAGUAUCUUACUCUCAACUUGAAUAGCAUUGAGGCACUCUCUGCAACAGAUUUUCUUGCAAGCUUACCUUCUCCAUUUUAUAACUUAGAGUUUGUGAAGCUACCACCAGAAUAUGAAGAAUCAAGAAUUUCUGGUGCUCUGAGAUCCUACCUACUUGGUGGCUCUCCAAAAGCCACCAUUGUCACAACAUUGCCUCUGAACAAAGUGAAUUUUCAAGCAGUGCCAGUCUCUGUGACAUCCCGAAAGGGUGAUGAGCACUACACAACUCAAAGCGAUGUGAAAAUUGGAGUAUAUGCUGACAGGGUGAGACAGAUUGGCUGUCCAGAGAUAAGCAAUGUUCGGGCUAGCUCUUCCAGAAAUAGUGAUUCGGGCUUAUGGCAUGGCCAUGAAGUUAACUUAGAGUUUGUAGGCCUCCUUGAUAUUAUCAUGAAAAAUUACCCACAGACUUUCGAGCACUCCACAGCCAAAAGCGAGAGGUUCCAUACAAUGAUGUUGAAUAUGUUGUGCACCUCAGUGACUGAGUUUCUCAGAACCUCAAUGGCUGACUUCAACGUUGAUAUUAUUAGCAAGUACAAAGAUCUAUUUGCUGAUCUGCAGAGAUGGGGAUUUCAGUUAGUUUGGCUGCUGAGCCAUCUAAACAAUAUUGAACAACUUCUGGUCUCACCGCAUGAGCUCCACACAACUGACUCUUGCGUGGACGAUGCCAAAAGUAAAUUACAAGAGCUGCAGGCUUAUUGUUUGGAGAAGAUAACAGAAAUCUAGAAAGCUUCUGGCUAGUCCUGUAUUUCUGUCGUUAUAAGACCUUAUGCUGGUCACUUAUUAUGCAAGUGUUACUUAUACAUAUUUUGUCUCCUGCUGUCUAACCUUUUGAAUUUUGAAUUGUGUUGGAAAAGCACAUAUGGCGUAUGGUGUUGCCGUAUUGAUGUUAAA